GAAACUCCCAAAAUAGGAAUUUCUGCGGUGUUGAUUUUAUGUAAUUUCUGUCAGUUUGGUUUACUUUUGUUUAUCUAAAGUUUCAUGCAGCUGUCAAAUGGAGAUCGGCCUUAGGGUUGUGCGGGGGCCAGAUUGGAAGUGGGGGAACCAAGAUGGGGGUGAUGGACACGUUGGUACAGUUGUUGAGAUUGGAAAGCCACUAAGUCAGACGUCACCAGACAAAACCGUUGUGGUUCAAUGGGACUCAGGAGCUCGGACCAACUACCGUGUGGGCUACCAGUCUGCCUACGAUCUACGGAUCCUUGAUAAUGCACCAGUCGGUGUGAGGCACACAAACAUUAUCUGUGAUGCCUGCAAGAAGCAGGGUAUCCAGGGCAUGCGAUGGAAGUGUACCAAGUGUCGCGACUUCGACCUGUGUACACUGUGUUACAUGGCCGACAAACACGAUACUUCACAUUCAUUCCUCCGCAUUGACACUGCGUCUUCAAAAGGGAUGAAGGUUUCCAAGAGAUUGAAUUGCUCAAGGACUCAAUCAUGGGGCAUUUUUACUGGAGCCAAAUGUGUACGAGGCCCUGACUGGGAUUGGGGUAAUCAGGAUGGUGGAGAAGGGAAAAUAGGAAAAGUGACCGAUAUUCGUGGCUGGGAUUCUGAAUCAGGUCGCAGUGUUGCUCACGUGACCUGGUCGUCAGGGUCAACGAACGUCUACCGAGUCGGACACAAGGGCAAGGUCGAUCUGAAGUACAUACAGGCGGGAGCUGGGGUGGUUUACUACAAAGAUCACCUGCCAGUUCUGGGUGAGUUUGUGGAGGUGGCUGGACCGGGCAUUCCGUGUCAGUUCAAGGUCGGAGACAAGGUCAGGUGUGACCUUGAUGUUGAAAUUCUCAAACAGAUGCAGGAGGGACAUGGUGGCUGGAAUCCAAGAAUGGGCGAGUAUGUUGGUAAAGUGGGCACGGUACACAGGAUUACUGACCGCAGUGAUGUGAGGGUACAGUACGAAGGCUGUUCUAAUCGGUGGACCUUUCAUCCUGGCGCUUUAACUAAGGUGCACCAGUUUACGAAUGGCGACAUCGUGAAGAUUUCUGAAGAUAUUCAUUUGGUCAAAGACUUGCAGAAAGAUCAUGGUGAAUGGACAGAUUCCAUGAAAAGUACGCUGGGUAAGAUAGGGGUUGUGUUGAAGGUGUACACGGACGGAGAUUUGCGCGUGACUGUGAGCGGGCAGACAUGGACGUACAACCCUCGGUGCUGUACGUUGAUGCCACACGGCGCCCAGGAGAUGAACAACACCAUGGGAAGUCACCGACCAGAGCGGCCAGAAGAUAUCACUAGCCUGGCAGAUCUGCUGGAACAGCUGGUGAAGCUGCAAACACCCUCCGGAGUGGAGACCGGACCGGACCGCUUGGUUCGAGAAGCGGCACAAGGUCACGUGGACGUUGUCCGGGAUAUCAUCACUAAAUACCCAGAUAAGGUGGAUGAGAAGAGUUCAGGGAAAACUGCCAUGCAAGUGGCGAGUCAUCAAGGUCACCUGGAGAUCGUGACCUUGCUGUUGUCGGCCGGUGCCAAACUCGAACUCCAGGACGAAGAUGGGGACACGGCGCUUCAUUAUUCUGCGUUUGGAAAUCAGCCGGAAGUGAUGGAGAAAUUGUUACAGCACGGAGCACAGAUCAAUGCUUUAAAUCACGGUGGUUGUAGUACGCUACACGUUGCUGUUAACAAACAACACGUGAACUGUGUCCGAGCUUUAUUAAAACACGGCUGUAAUGUAAAUAUACAGGAUGCUUAUGGAGACACUGCUCUUCACGAUGCUAUUGGCAAGGAGAGUCACGAGAUAAUAGACAUGCUCGUCAACUAUCUCGGAAUCGACUUCACGCUGAAAAACAAACGAGGCUUUAAUGUGCUGCACCAUUCUGCCCUCAAGGGUAACAAUUUCGCGACAGAGAAAAUCUUACAUCGCUGUCGGCAGAUUGUGGACCUGAAGAAAGACGAUGGAUUCUCAAGCCUCCAUCUGGCCGCACUGAACGGACACAAAGAUGUCGCCCAGACUCUUCUACAAGUUGGGCAAGCUGAAGUAGACUUGAGAAAUAAUCGUCAGCAGACACCAUUGUUGUUAGCGGUGUCACAAGGUCACACCGCCCUCAUUGAGCUGAUGGUCAGUCAGGGGGCCAACGUGAACGUGGCCGACGAAGACGGUGAUACCUGUCUACACCUAGCUUUAAUGAGACAGUCCGUUGCCACGGAAAAAGAUACAUCUCCAAUGCUUGAUGCUAUUCGUACGCAGCUUGGAAUGACAGAAGACGAACACCAGACCGGAGCAGCCAUUGCGUGCUAUCUCGCACAGCAGGGGGCGAAUCUGUUCCACAAAAACCUGUCGGGCAAAACUCCUAUCGACAUCAUUAGUGACCCCAAAGUGGAAGAGGUCGUCCGACAGUUUGCCACGACGUACGAGGCCAGCAAUAAGACUGAUGUGAACGUGAACCUGGUUGAGGACGGGGAGACGCAGGAGUGUGAGGUGUGCUGUCUGGAGAGAGCCACCGUCGUCUUCAAGCCCUGUGGUCACGUGAUCGUCUGCUACGGAUGCUGCCUGAAAAACUGGCAGAUGGUGAAGUGCUUGAAAUGUAAACAGGCCAUCGUGUCCAAGUGUCGGUCAGAUGGUUCCUUCAUUACUCACCCCAGUGAGAUAAACAACGAAAACGAAGCCGCCCUUCUCAAGAAGAAAGUCCAGGAACUGGAAGAAUCAUUGCUGUGUGCCGUGUGCAUGGAGAGAAAGAAGGAUACCGCCUUCCUGUGCGGUCACGCAGUUUGUAUGAUUUGUGCCGACUCGCUCAAAGUGUGUCCGUUUGACAGGAAACCAAUCAUGAAGAAAAUUCAACUUUACCAGUGAAAAUGCUAAAUCCUGAAGAAAAUUCAAAUGCCACAAGAUAAUCCUUGCUUUUUUAUUUUCCGCUGGAAACAUUUUCAAUAUCGUCAGCAGCUUAUGAACCCGUUUUGACGAAAAUUCCUGUGUGGUCACACAGUGUGUAUGAUAUGUGUAGACUCACUCAAAGUGUCACUUGGACAGAAAACCAAUCGUAAAGAAAAUUCAACUUAAAGCGGCGUUCUCAUGAUGCGAUUAGUCACACCAACUUGUCGCAUGCGAUUUGUCAUAGCGACUCAAAUCGUGUGUGUGGAAAGACGUUACGUCAUAAGAUUUGAUUACGUCAAACAAAGCUUGUCAGUUUUAAAAUAUUUUGCAGGAAAUGUAAGUGCCUACAAAUUUCCACUGAAAUAAAGAAAACAUGAAUGUAGACAAUUUACUGAGGGCAUUAUGUAACAAAACAAUUACUGACCACAUCUUGACAGCAAUAGCUUUUAUUAACUCGUGAAGUCCGGAUAUUUUGACAUGUUUAUAAGCAAGUGAAAAAACACGGAAGUAAAAAACCUAAACGGUUGUACUUUAAUGUGAUUUGAUUGGCUGAGAGCUUAUGAUUUGUCAUGAGAAAUAGAACACGUUCUAAUCAGUUGUUCCGAUUUAGGUGUUCUCACGUACGAUUCCAUCGCAUGCGCCAUACCCAUUUUACCCUCUGGCAGAAAUCCUGGUACUAAUGAUGCAUGAAACCACAAUAGGCUCACACCAAUAAACGUCCUAAUAUUGACUUUAUUCACUACAUCCAUCGGAGCUAACAAAUUGUGAAUUUGGUCGCAAGGGUUAUGACCAGAAAGAAAAAGCUAAGCGAGAAACAUGACUGCUUUCCUAACGACUAAGAUAUUGCUGUUUUCCUAACAACUAAUUUGAUAUAAUUAUGAGGUUUUUAAAACAAUAUUUAUUGACAUUUGCAUUAAUGUUGGGGAUUGACAAACAGGUGAUGCCUAUAUUAAGGUUUCUCACAACAUUUGACAAUUACAAAUUUUACAUGGCAGACAAAAUAAUAAAAUUUAUUUAAACCAAGUAGACCGAUAGACUAGAAGUGAAUAGACCGAUAGACUAGAAGUGAAUAAUUAUGACAGUUGAAUACUCUGUAUAUUUCUGUGCUGCUUUUUCUAUAGAGUGAUUUUUGUUUUUUAAUGUCCAAACAAUUCUUGGACCGAGAAAACCCCUACAUAGUAUACUGAUACAGUUUCUCUGAAGAGAAACCAGUAUAGAUACAGGACAUGUGUUACCUUUGCAAAAAAUUAUUUAUUAUAAGUAUUGCUUUUCCAACUGGUUCCGUGUUCCCCAUACUUGGAUGAUACCAAGAUCGCUCAGUUGACAGCAAGUAUGGAGCAUGCCCCUGUCAAAUAGUCCCAUUCUGAAAGAGAAGUACUGCAACUACCAGGAUGCAAACAUAACGACGGCACUGACAGCAAUUGCCGUUGUUGUGAUAUAAAUUGCCGUAGGUUGGGAGCAAAGCUGCUCAUCAAAGACAAAAUAUAUACACCUGGUGAACAUUAUCUGCCAGUAUAUAAUAUUUGUACAUUUGAAAUAUGUCUCUAUACAGCAAAAUAACCUUUCAGUUCUGUUUAUUUGCUGAUGAAGUUGGUUUUAAAAAUACUGCCGUAUGCAGGCUCAAAAAAUUGCCAUCGGUGUUCCGUUUCACCCACAGCAAUUCUUUUAAAAAAUGCCUUGGGAGAUAAAUUCUUAAGUUCGAGCCCUAGGCUUCACCGUUCAUCUCAUGUUUGUGAUGUCCCAAAACAAAAGUGUUUGUGAUGUCCUAAAACAAAAAUGUUUGUGAUGUCCUAAAACAAAAGAGUGUCUUUGUGUUACAAGUUUGUGGAGGUUAAAAACAAAAAAAAGAUGGCCGUGUCUACUGAAUGCUACUACCGUAAGUGGCUAUAUUUACUCGAUGCAAUGAGAUAUAUAAUUGUAGGCAUGAAACGUGAGUGGAUAUGUAUGCUGCAGUAGUCGCCGAAAAUAGUUUUCUACUAUUGAACUGGCAUCGGUGGUGCGUGGUUAAGCCAUCAGACAAAAGGCUGGUAGGUACAGAGUUCGCAGCCCGGUACCGACUCCCACCCAGAGCGAGUUUUAACGACUCAAUGGGUAGGUGUAAGACCACUGCACCCUCCUCUCUCU